UGUUGUUUCCCAUAUAGUCUUAAAGUUAAAGCAACACUUAUUCAAAUUUAAGUCCAGACAUCACUACAAAGAGCAAACAUACACAGUUAAGGAACAAAAUGUCGAACCCUGCUGAAGAACCCGACAACUUAGAACAGCAAGAGGUGAGAUCCAGCAAUCGUGAAAGACACCUAACUGAAAAGGGCAAGGAAAUGCAUGAACAGGAUGCAAAGAAACACGAACGAGCAUUUAACAGAGCUUAUGAUUCUUGGAAGGAGACGGCUAAAGAAAUUAGAACAAAACUGAAGGCCUUCUGCUCACCUGGAGAUUUAAACAGUGCUAGUCAUGACAUAAGGGACAAGCAUGCAGCUGUACAACAACAUUAUGAACCCAUUCGCCGCAACCAAAACAUGACUCCAAACGUAGUAAAAAGAAUGGAUGCCUGUACUGUGCUUACAACAGACAUUUGUGAGAUUAUUGCUAAACGACAGGAAAAUAUUGAUCAGCCCUUCAAUGAUCAUCUUGAAAAGGAAAGAGUAAGGCUGAUGCUAAACAAAAAUGAUUAUGGCUCUGUGUUUGGAGAUACAAAAACUGAAACAUCGUUCCCAGAAAGUUCAGUUGAACACUCGAAGACAGAUUCUUCAAGCAGUCGUGAAGCAGAAGCUGAAUUUGCAGCUAAAAUGGAACAAGCAAAGGCUACACAUGAAAUACUUGCACAGCAAACUAAAGUCAACCAAAUGGAGAAUGAAUGGAAGUUAAAGGAAAAUGAAGCACUGGCAAAGUUAAAACAAGAAGAAGUAGAAACGAAGGCAAGGCUUGAGCAGGAAAAAAUUAAACUGCAGCAUUUAAAGGCAGAAAGUGAAGUAAGAGUGGCAGCAGCACGUGUAAGAGCUUUAAGCACUGUAAAUGAUGUUGAAAGCUGUGAUCUAGCAUCCUGCAACAACUUUGAGAACGCUCUAAAUGACUCUGUCAGUGUACCACAGCCCUCCUUAAAUCCGCUGGCUCCGUCGUUUAAGCAUCACUACACCGGCGCAGAACGAGGAGAACUUAGUUUAGCUGAAGCUCUAGCAAACUCCCUUACCUUAAACCGACUUCCAGUACCUGAGCCAGCUAUCUUUAGUGGUGACCCUCUAAAGUUUGUUGACUGGAAAGUAUCCUUUAUGACACUAAUUGGCAACAAACCCUUACCUGCAUGUGAGAAAAUAUUGUAUCUAAAGAGUUAUAUUACAGGUGAAGCUCGAAAGGCAGUAGAGGGAUAUUUUUAUCGUAACACUGAAGAGGCAUACCAGAGCAUCUGGAACGUUCUGCAAGAAAGGUAUGGCAGCCCAUUCAUUGUGCAAAGAGCAUUUAGAAACAAGCUUACAAAAUGGCCCAAAAUAGCUGCUAACGAUCCUUUAGCACUGAGAGAGUUUGCAGACUUUCUUCAGAGCUGUGCAGAGGCUAUUCCACAAGUCAAGGGUCUAGAAAUCCUUAAUGAUUGUGAGGAAAAUCACAAACUUCUCAAAAAACUGCCGGACUGGAUUAUACAGAGAUGGAGUCGUAUUGUUGUGGAAGAGUUAGACAAACAUCAGGAGUACCCCAGCUUUGCUCACUUCACACAGUUCUUACAAAAGGAAGCGAAAGUUGCUUGUCACCCUGUCGCCUCACCAUUCCUAAUAAAUGAAAAAACAGAGGAGAGACACAUUAAAAGAGCUAAAGCACUCACUACAACUGUCCAGCCAAAGUCUCCCUUACCCACAGUGGUUAGUAAUAAACCUAAGCCACCUUGUUUGUUUUGCAAGGACGAACUGCAUGGUGUAGCCAAGUGUCCUUCAUUUGCAACAAAAACCAUUGAUGAAAAGAAAGUUUUCAUUCGUGAAAAUCACCUCUGCUUUGGAUGUCUGAGAAAAGGCCAUGUAACUAAAGAAUGCAAAGUACGUCACUCCUGCACUAAGUGCGGCCGACGUCACCCUACUUGUCUCCACACAGAAGGAGUAAAGGAACCCAAAGAAACGAAAACUGCUGAAAAUGGAAACAAGGAAGUACAUAAAGUUAUGACCCAUGUACUUACAAGAAAAACAUCUGCAACAUCCAGUAUAGUACCAGUUUUUGUGUCAGCUGCAUCAGAGCCACAGAAAGAAAUACUCACAUAUGCCCUGCUUGACACACAAAGUGACUCUUCCUUCAUUUUAGGAGACCUAGCCUCUGAGCUGAAUGUGGAUAAGCAACCAGUACAGUUAAAGCUCAGCACAAUGACUUCUGUUGACACAGUUGUGGCAAGUAGACUUGCUAGCAACUUACAGGUGCGUAGCUUUGACUCUGAUGCUCAUGUCAAAAUAAAACAAGCCUACUCUCGUGACUUUAUCCCAGUUGACAAGUCUCAUAUUCCCACUAGAGAAACUGCACUUCAGUGGCCACACCUUAAAGGCUUAGCCAACCAGUUACAACCACUUCAAGAUUGUGAAGUGGGCUUGUUAAUCGGUUACGACUGUCCAUCAGCUCUAGCUCCCCUAGAAAUUGUCACAGGACAAUUAAACGAGCCUUUUGCACAAAGAACCAUACUCGGUUGGAGUAUCAUUGGGUCUGCUAAUCCCCACUUAGACAGAGAAGGAAAUCAGAGUUAUGUGCACCGUGUCAAUGUCAAACAAAUCCCCACACCCUCAGCUGCUGAUGUGCUUAAAGUCUUAGAGUCAGACUUCAAUGAGAGAAACUAUGAGGAUAAAUACGUAUCCCAGGACGAUGUUCGUUUCUUACAACUACUCAGUGACACAAUAAAGCAGAGAAAAGAUGGACAUUAUCAGAUGCCCCUUCCCUUCAAAGGCAGCAAGCCACCAGCCCUUCCCAACAAUAAGAGGUUAGCCACAGUUCGACUGCAACACCUAAAGAAAAGGCUAAAAGCUGACAAACAGUAUCACGAGCAUUACAACGCCUUUAUGAAAGACAUUAUCAGCAGUGGUGACGCAGAACUGGCC